UAUCUUAAAGAAAUACAACUGGUUAAGGAAAUUUUCAUAACCUUUGAAAUCAAACACAUACCCCAAACUCAAAACACAAAUACAGCCAAUCUUACACGAGGUGUUCAAAGUCAACCGGCCUACGGGCUCUUUGGGAUCCGUAGAAGAAUCUGAUUAUUGUAUCCGUCAGAGCUUUUUGAGUUCUUCAUCAAUGGGUUGGUGGGAAGCUUCUCUCAAUUGGCUUCGUAGCCUCUUAUUCAAGCAAGAAAUUGAACUUUCAUUAAUAGGGCUUCAAAGCGGAAAGACGUCACUUAUCAAUGUUGUUGAGAAUGUUGGAUAUAGUGAAGACCUGGAUCCGAUUAUUGGUUUUCACAUGAGGGAAGUGAUAAAAGGAAAUGUUACUUUCAAGAUAUGGGAUGCUAGUGGGCAAUCAAGAUUCCGCAGCUCUUGGGAACGUUUUGUUCACGUUGGAGUCCUUUUGUCCUGCUGCAGGUAUGUUGAUGCUGCAGAUCUUGACAAUCUGUUUAUCUCGAAAAAUGAACUCCAUAAGUUGUGCAAGACUUCGCUUAACGGUAUCCCUCUUCUUGUUCUUGGGAACAAGAUGGACGAACCUGCUCUCUCUAAAGAAGCCUUGACUGAUGAAAUGGGGCUUCAGUUGUUUACAGAUAGAGAAGUCUGCUGUUUCAUGAUAUCAUGCAAGAACAAUGCCAACAUUGACGAGGUCUUUGAUUGGCUCCUAAAGCAUUCAAAAUCAAAUAAGUUUCUCAGUCUUCUGUGUUGUGUGCCUCGUUGAAGACUAUUUUCUC